AUGUACUAUUCCUACAAUGGACAACUGUUUGGUCCAUAUAAAAAAUGUUCAGAAAAAUUAUUAAAUGGAAGAAUUUUAUUUCACGAUACUUGUCCAAUCAAUACAGAUGGAAUAUCGGAAAAAAAAUUUCUUUGUGAACAACAAAGAAAAACUGAUGGAGGACGGUAUGGUAAAGGUCUUUAUUUUACAAGUUCUCCAAAAUACGCUAUAUUUUAUUGUAAAUCAUAUGGUAAAAGAAUUAUCUACUUGUUGGGUUCAUUAGUAGCAUUAGAAAAAAUGUUACAUAUUCAAGACGGGGGUUAUUUUGAAAAAGAUCUUCAUGCUGACUAUAAUAGUCAUUAUGUUCGUGUCGAUAAAACUUCAAAUAAUCCAAUUACUAAUGAUAAUGAGGACUAUUAUGAAGAAUAUAUCGUUAAAAAUAAUGAACAAACAUUACCACCAUAUGUUAUUAGUCUUUGUCAUACAUGUAAAUUUGUUUUAUGGCGCAAAGAAAGUAUCACUACAGUAGUGACGAAAAUACUGAACUAUUUCAGAUUUAUAAUAGAGUUAAAGUUAGAUACUUUAGUUUCGUAUUUUAAUUUUAUUUAAAUUUUAAAAUUUAACAAAAACAACAAACGUUUCGACCUCUUUUAAUUGAGGCCUUCUUCAGUGUACAUAAUAAAAUAUAUCAAAUAUAAAAUGUAAAAUAUAGUUAAAAUUCUAUAUCAUAUAACUUGUGCAGGCUUAAAAUGUAGAGUGACUGCUUAAACUUUAUAUUGUUGCACGCCUAUUUAUAGUAGAACUGCGACAAAUAGCGAUUUUCUUUUCUUUUCUUUUUUCUUUUCUCUUUUAUUUCGUUAUAUACCGUUGUGACGAAGAAUAUACGCUUUGUGUAUGUAAUACACGCUUGCUUUGCACGAGACAACGGAAAAGCAAAACAGAACAGAACGUAAUGAUGUCUCUAAGUGUAGACGAACCUCGAGCCAAUUUUUCGCUUAUAACUCAGUCAUUUCUGGACCAAUUUAAAACAUUUUAUACCGUCAGAUUUCCAAGACUUUCCUCUACUCGGAUAUAUAAAAAUAUCCAAGACUUUCAUUUGCGAACUCGGAAAACGAUUCGAUAAAAGUCAGCACAUUGCUUUCAUGAAAUAAGAUACAUCCACUUUACGACUGUAGUACAGAAAAAUUAAAAGUCUUUUAAUAGUCUUUUAAACUGUUGGCUUCUAUGUUUUAAUAUCAGCAAUAAUUCUUUCGAGCAUGUGAUUACAUGUGUUCAUAUAUAUUUCAUCAAAGGGAACAUAAAAGGGAUAUUUCAAAUAAGACGUAUGCGCAUAAACACACAAAACAAGAACUUCUGCUUGGAUAACUAUGAAUUUCGAAAAGGGCAACUAAUGUGUUUUUCAGAGAACAACUUAGCAUACACACACAUA